ACGAGAGAGGGCACGUUCCAGCUUACUCCUUCCUUUCCUUUAUAUUCACUCAACAAUGGCGAUUUAGCAAUAAGCAGUCCAAGAUUCAUACGCCGCAUCCAACACCUCCCGCCCCCAAAUCCACGACCGCAAACCCCAACAGAGAUUGGCGGAAGUAAUCGUUGUACCUGGCACGCACUAUGGAAGGUGUUUCGUCUCCCGCGGACCAACAGAAUAUGGUGUCUUCCUUCCUCGAAAUCGCCGUCGGCCAAACCGCCGAUACAGCGCGUCGCUUCCUCCAGGCCACUGGAUGGAAGCUUGAGGAAGCCAUUCAACUCUUUUAUGUAGGAAAUGAAGGUGGGUUUGCCCCACCGUCUGCACCUUCUCCACCAUGGGAAAGUGAACAGCCCCUCAAUGAUGCAAUCCCAAGCAGUGAGCUGGGAAAAGAAUUGGUGGACAAAGAUGUAAGAAAAGAUAAUAGCGAAGAUGUCCGGCCACCUUUGCCUGUCAAAAGGGAGGUCCUUUAUGAUAAUCCCAUACUACAUGGAGGAGCACCUGCAGUGGGAAGUUCAUCAUUUCCACCAACUCAUUCUGUUGUUCCAUUCCGCAACUUCGGGGAGGAAAUGAGUUCAAGGGUAUGGGAAGCAGCAGACCGUUCAUCUGCUGCUGUAGCAGAUAAGACUCAGAAUAAUCUUGCAUCUUUAUAUCGUCCACCAUUUGAGUUGAUGUUCCAGGGGUCUUUUGAAAAGGCCAAAGAUAAUGCAAAGAUGCAGAAUAAGUGGCUUCUUAUAAACUUACAGUCCAACAAGGAAUUUAGUUCGCAUAUGCUUAACCGGGACACCUGGGCAAAUGAAGCUGUUGCUCAAACCAUCAAAACAAACUUCAUCUUUUGGCAGGUAUAUGAUGACAGCGAAGAAGGGAGUAAGGUCUGUACCUAUUACAAGUUAUACUCUAUCCCUGUUAUUCUUGUAAUUGAUCCAAUUACGGGUCAGAAAAUGCAUUCUCGGUCUGGAAUGGUUCAACCAGAAGCUUUGCUUGAGGAUCUGCUUCCAUUCAUGGAUGGCAGCCCUUCAGAUCAUCAUGUCAGUUUCUCUCACAAACGUCCUAGAGAAAGUUCUCAAGCACCGAUUCCUGAUGUUCAUUCAGUACCAGAUGAGAGUAACGAAGAUGAAGAUCUACAGCGAGCACUGGCAGCAUCUAUGGAAAGUUUUGACGGGACUGAUAACAAUGAUGUCAAAGAAGCAAAUGAUGCCAUUGAUGAGGAGAAAGCGAAGAAACCUGCGUAUUUACCCUUACCUGAAGAACCCAAGUCCGGGGAUCGGAGCCUUCUUUGCAGAGUUGGUGUCCGCCUUCCUGAUGGGCGACGGGUUCAGAGGAACUUCUUACGCACCGAUCCAGUUCAGCUGCUGUGGUCAUUCUGCUACUCUGAGCUGAAGGAAGAUGCCCGGCCGUUCGGUUUGACCCAAGCUAUUCCAGGCGCUUCAAGGACUUUGGACUAUAAUGCAAAAUCAACAAUCGAGGAGUCGGGUCUUGCCAAUGCAAUGGUUUCAGUUACAUGGGAGUGAGAGAUGGUUUCUGCCCCACCGCGGCAUUGUGACAUAUAUAUAUAUAUAUAACUUUGCACUGGACUGCACUGGAGAAUCUUGGUUUUUGACUGCUGCCUGCUGGUAUAUUGUUCUGUAUGUUGUUUACUAUGUGCAGAAGAUAUGAUGACCAGACCAAAACCAAACUGCUACUCCAUCCAUCAACUGCUAUGUUUAUGUCUUUGUAGAUAAUCUCCAAUUCUCCAUAAACACAUAUUUGGAUAUUGCAAACUGCACAUAUUUAUUCCCAACUUCUUUGCAUC